GGGAAAACGUGUAAGAGACAAACGUCGUCAGAUCAUUUCCAGUCUCGGUGCUUUCUGUGCCCCUUUUUAAUUUUUCGGCGUCUUUAGUUAUGUAAGAGAUUAAAUCUGUGGGUGAAGGUGGAGAUGUUUGGAGCGGACAGUCUGGUUAACUGGAAUUAAAGGCAGCUUGUGUAGACAGACCAUCAUGUGGCUGCUGGCUGAAGGCUGAAGGCUGAAGGCUGGGGAAGCUCGACCGACCGUGCGUCCUACCGAUGAAGCGGGCUCCAUGUCAAAAUGCCAACUUUUUCAGUCAUGUAUAAAGGAGCUGUCAUCAUUAGCAGGACACUUAUGGGUCCAUACGGAGUAGACCGCGCUGUUCAUUCCAUGGAGUUCACAGACUGUGAGAAUGGCCUGGGAAUUAAAGUGAUUGGUGGAGUGAAGGAGCUGACUGGAGAGGAGUUUGGAGUCUAUGUCAAACGGAUUUUACCAGGUGGCCUUGCUUCAAGUGAUGGAAACCUGUUGCCAGGGGACCAGAUCAUGGAGGUGAAUGGGGACAGUCUGGUAGGAGUAACAAGUGAAAGAGCUGUGGACAUCUUGAGAGCAGCCUCAGCAACCAAUCACAUGCGCCUUCUCAUAGCCAGAGAUGAGGAAGCAAAGAGAGAAUUUGCUGAGCUGCUGGAGAAAUAUGGAUCCAAUGGUAGCACGGGAUCAACACGCAACUCUCCCAUCCAGCAAGGAAGCCGCUACCUGGAUAGUACAUCAUCUGGUUCCUCAUCUCGCUCCCAGAGUCCCUUGUUGUUGAGCCCAGCAGGCUCUCAGAACACGUACAACAACAGUGGGCCCAUGCUGCGCUCCCUCAGUCACCCAGGUGAAGGAGUGAUACAACUUGUUACAGUGGCACGAUCCAGCAGUUUGGGCAUCACCAUCGGAGGAGGCUCCAACCGGCCUGAUGGCCCUGCAGUCUUCAUCCAGGAGGUGCUGUCUGGAGGAGACUGUCACCGGGAUGGACGUCUGAGGCCUGGAGAUCAGCUCAUUGCCAUUAACAAGGAGUCUUUGAUAGGUGUGACCCAUGAGGAGGCCAAAAGCAUGCUGAACAAAGUCAAAUUCAGUCAAGACAGUGUGGUGGAGAUAGCCUUCAUCCCGGGUAAAGGGCUUUUCCCAAGCAGCACAUCUCUCCACAACGGUGUCCAGCGAGCCACAGGCAACAACUACAACUCUGGACGCUUAAAAGUCCACAUCAGAUCACCUGAGAUCUGUACAGAGGAGCCAGCCCAAGUGUCUUCACCUUCUCCUGACAUCUGCCCACCGGAUAUCCACAUUUCAGGUUCAACCAGCCAGAGGUCGCCAACAGGGGCCAAACCUAAAAUAACACUGGACCCCUACAUACGCCUCAAAUCAGACAAGUUAGACUUGGCUUUGUCCUUCCUCGGGUUGGAUGUCACUGAAGAGAAAAGAAAGAAGUUGAGACAGAGCCUGACCGCAGACCCACAAGGCACUGUGGCCUAUGGAGACUUUGUGGAGGCCACGCGGAACACCUUCCAGGAGAACCUGGAGGAGCUGGGUUUAGGGGCGGGUCCCUUCAUGUUCUCCUAUCAUGAAGCAGCCAGUCUGAUGGACACAUCAGCCUUCCACUCCCCCACUUAUGAAUCAGAAUGCAGCUACAGCAGUGAGGAGAUGGAACAGUUUCAGACAGAGGUGAAGCAGCUUCAGACCCAGAUGAAGCAGCUCAAGGUGAUGCUGAAGGACAUGGAGCACAGCAAGAAAACCCUGGAGGAGGAGCUGCAGAAGACCUCAGAGAAAGCAUGUUUGACUGUGGAGGAGAACACCCGCCUGAAGAGCCGCCUGCAGGCAGCCGAGAGCGAGGCGGUGCAGCGGCAGGCCAGCAGCGCUGAGCAGGACUACGAGGAGGUGAUCCAGCUGCUGGAGGCUGAGAUCAGAGACCUGAAGAACCAGCUGGCCAGCAAGAGGCAAGCACGAGGAGUGGAGGCCACCAAGGAGGAUGUGCACGACCUGAAUAGGAGGCUGACAGCCAUCGACUGCCAGCUGAGGAAGUCAGAGCUGAACAGGAAACACCUGGAGAUCUCAAACAAGAAACUACUGGGCUUUGCACAGAACGUCCACAAAGUGUUAACAACACCCAGCCUGUUUGCAGGAGAAGUCAGGAGCAACAGGUCAUCUCCAGCCACAGAAAGCCCAGACACCCCGUCACCUCUUCCUGAUCCUGCCUCACAGCUGGCUGCAGAGGCCAAAGAGCUGGUGCAGGGAGUCUGCUCUCUCACUGAUGACAAAGCGUCAGCAAGUGCGUCGGAGGCAGCAUCAGUCCUGGAUGUCAGCCCUCCCCAUAUGUAAGCAACAAAGAGCCAGAGAGGACUGUGGGAGGACCUGGGCAGGCUGAAGCGCCAAACAAGCAGCUGAACCCACGAUGGACGACACUGCAGUCAACAGACAGAACGCCAUCCGAUACACCUUUUCAAAAUAGUGACAUCACUUCAAUUCAGUCAAAUCCACACUUCACAGGGACAGAUUGAACACAACAAUUGAACAGCCAACGAUUUAAUGCCAAAGCUUGCUUGCACUCAUCAAAUUAGUAUCUUCCUUUGACAUAUUCCACAGUGUUUAUCAAGGGUUCAGCAGUGGGAUAUGAUGGACUCAGCCAUGACCCAAGGACUCUCAGUAUUCAACCAUUAAUCAUAUGUACAGAAGUCUCUAUGAGAAGUGCUCUGCCAAAUAAAAAGUCUGCUGGAAUUCUCUUUUGUGUUACUAUGACAGCAGGUGGUGUUGGAGGAGCUGCAUGAACGAAUCCACAACACACAGACGCUGUUGUAAACCUUGUUAAUACUCCUCUCUGACCUCUUUUCUAACCCACACACACACACAUAGAUUCACUCCACGGGCUGCAUGUAAAGGAGAACUUGUUUGCUUGGAAAGGACAAUCCAGAGUCUUCCUCUGUGUCAUAGUAACUCGCUGCCAUCUUCCUCCAUCGCUCGUUUGCUCUGCCCCAGAGGUCAUGAACUGUCAAGCAAAAAGUAGAAAAAUAACUGUCCCCCCACCCCACCCCCCACCGUGUCCCCUAACUCUCCUCGUGCCCUUAUUCAUGAAUAAAAGGCAAGAAAUGAAGUAUUCACAGAGAAUUUGGACUUGAGCGGUGUUCAUUCAGUGUCGUCAUAUCACUGCAUGUUGUGUCUCCUGCAUCCAGGAGUAGCUUUAAUGUUGUACAUUUGGGAGCUGCUGUAGCUCCUGCUGUGUAAACUUGUGUUUGGUAGUCACAGAGUCUAGGCAGACAUCAACAUAGGCUACAUGUAUAACAUUGGUUUUGUUUAUACAGACAGCUGCAAAUGCAUUUAAAAUACUGACAUGUCCUGUAAUUCAAUCAGAUUGCAUCUUUGGUGUGGCCUCUUAUUCUUUCUGUUACUGUUUUAUAUUAAAGGAAUAACUUAUGACUGGA